GGUAGUAUUACUGUUACCUCUUUGGAUUGGUGGAGGCACUUUCUGUGAUAUUUGAAAUAAGUCAGUAUCAACCUCACAAUAACUUCGACAUGGAAACAAUAUAUAUGCCCCGUGUUAAUCAUCAUAAUGUAACAGAUAUAUUGAGUUUUAAAAAGUACUUCAACGAGUUUAAUUCAACGCUGGAAACCUUGUUCUUGAAAAACAAAAGAAAAAGUAUGAAAUUGUUUUUAGAAGAUCAAGGAAUAGAAGAAACAGAACAGCAAAAUUUGAAGACAAAAUUCAAUGUUAACAAUUAUUGUUGGAAGAGUGUUCAAAGCUCCGAAAAGUUGGUUUUACCUAUAGCUGGUUUUAAAACUGAAUUUAAACUGUACAACAUUCCUGAUGAUGCUGAUUUAAAAAGUGUACAAGUAUUACGUUCUCGACAAGUGAAGGAUGAAGGGAAGCGACGAAAACUGUUACGUUAUACUGGAGAAGUUAAUUGUGAAAAUCAUAUGGUUGCUUAUGAAGAAGACAAAUAUAAAGAUAAAAUCAAAGAAUAUACUGAUUAUCUUUUGAGUGUUCGAGUUUACUUGCCAACUGUUCAUUGUUCUUUUUCGAAUGCAAGGAGAACUAAACCUCUCCAAGUUAGUCAGGAAUUUUUUGUGUAUAGCAAACAGACCCUUGACUGCCUCAGGGACCGAAUUCUGUGCUCUGAAGACUUUAAUUCUGCAGAAGGAGAUAUCAGUAAUAAUCCAUUUAAAACUACCACAAUUAGGAAUAUGGAUGUGUACAGGUCAGGAAUGUUUUUUAUUAAUGAUAAAUUUUUCGUUGAUUCACGUUAUCCUGGAAAUAUAGACUAUAGUGAUAUUGUAAAAAAGUGGGCAGCUGGAAAAAAAUUAGAUUUAAAUGUAACUUUAUCUAUGGAAUCAUCUACAUUUAAUAUGAUCGAUCUUCGCUUGGGCUAUCCUUAUCUUUAUAUGCACCAAGGAAACUGUGAACAUUUGAUUGUCUUUACUGAUGCUAGGUUGAUUACACCAAAGGAUAUUCUUGUAAAGUCUGCAUAUCCUGUAAUGAGGUCGUAUGCAAGUUUGAGAGGGAAGCAGUGCAUGACAUGUACUAAGAAGGCAUCUAAGUUUAUUGUGUUGAACACAGAAAGGUUACCUCUUUCAAGGACAUACGUCUGUGGACUUUGUUUGUAUCAGUAUUUUUAUAUUGGUGAUCAAAAAACAGAUGAUUUCAUUGUUUAUAAAUAUUUGGACCGUGUCGCACUACUUUAAUUGCACAUUAAGCUGACUUUUCUUUAAUUUUCAUUUAUGUUUGUAUAAAAUGUUAAGGUUUAAUAUAAUCUUAUGUAGAUUAUUAUUUUCUUUAAUUAAAAAUAAUGUACAUAUAACAUUUAAAUAUGUAAUUUGUAAAUAACAUAUAUAUAUAUAUAUUUAAAAAAUAUAUAAUUGAUUU